CCUGCGGGAGUGGUCCUCUGGGCAGCCUGCGGACGGGGCUCGCAACAGGCAAUUGCAGCAGCAACCUGUUUACACCUUGGCUGGCGAGCUCGCUGCCUCCUCCUCUGCCCGACGCUGGGGGAGAGCGGAAGGGGGAAGGGGCCGCUCCCUGGCUGCAAGCGGCGCCGCAUCAAAACAAUACGUGUCACAGGGCAAAGCUUGGCCGCGGCUCUCGCAGCAGAAUUCACUCCAGCUGAAUUAUUCACGGCGGCCUCGGCGCUCUUCUCGCAAUGCCGGCCGUCGACAAACUUCGCCUAGAAGAGGCUUUGCAGGAUAGCCCGCAGACUCGCUCGUUGCUGAGUGUGUUUGAAGAAGAUGCAGGAACACUUACAGAUUACACCAACCAGUUGCUUCAGGCAAUGCAACGGGUAUAUGGGGCUCAGAAUGAAAUGUGCCUGGCAACACAACAGCUCUCCAAACAGCUUCUAGCCUAUGAGAAACAGAAUUUUGCCCUGGGUAAAGGAGAUGAAGAAAUGAUCUCUACUCUUCAGUACUUCUCAAAAGUUGUGGAUGAGCUUAACAUUCUUCAUACUGAAUUGGCCAAACAGCUCGCAGACACAAUGGUUCUCCCCAUCAUCCAAUUUCGGGAAAAAGAUCUUACAGAAGUAAGCACUCUGAAGGAUCUGUUUGGCCUUGCUAGCAAUGAACAUGAUGUCUCCAUGGCCAAGUACAGCAGAUUACCCAAAAAGAGAGAGAAUGAAAAGCUCAAGGCAGAAGUCGCCAAAGAAGUGGCCAGUGCCCGAAGGAAGCAGCAUCUCUCAUCACUGCAGUACUAUUGUGCCUUGAAUGCUUUACAGUACCGCAAAAGAGUAGCUAUGAUGGAGCCUAUGCUAGGAUACACACGCUCACAGAUUAAUUUUUUUAGGAAGGGAGCAGAGAUGUUUACCAAAAAAAUGGACAGCUUUUUAUCGUCUGUUUCGAACAUGGUUCACAGUGUUCAGGAAGAACUGGAUACCGAGGCUGAAGCCAUGCGGGUUUCUCAACAAGAUCUCCUUUCUGGGAAUGAAUCGGUCUACACGCCUGAUUUUGACGUGGCCUCUCCCAUCAUUAACAGAAACCUUAUUCAGAAGGCAGGCUACCUUAACCUUAGAAAUAAAACGGGGUUGGUGACUACAACGUGGGACAGAUUGUACUUCUUCACUCAAGGUGGAAACCUGAUGUGCCAGCCCAGGGGAGCUGUUGCCGGAGGACUGAUCCAGGAUCUGGACAACUGCUCUGUUAUGGCAGUCGACUGUGAAGACCGUCGAUACUGCUUUCAGAUCACCACUCCCACAGGAAAACCUGGCAUAACUCUUCAGGCAGAGAGCAAGAAAGAAUACGAGGAGUGGAUAUGUGCAAUCAACAACAUCUCGCGACAGAUCUAUCUUACUGACAAUCCUGAAGCAGUUGCCAUCAAACUAAAUCAGACAGCAUUACAGGCCGUGACUCCGAUUACAAGCUUUGGGAAAAAGCAGGAAAAUCCAUGUCCUAGCCAGGAUGUGAAGAAUGUGGAGAUGCAGAAUGACAGGAUAGCCCCUAAGGAGCAUGCCAGUGUUCCAGACUCAACUGAGCUAAUUGCACCCGGAACGCCAAUCCAGUUUGACAUCAUGCUUCCUGCCACAGAGUUCCUGGAUCAGAACAGGGGUGGCAGGCGCACAAACCCAUUUGGAGAGUCUGAAGAUGGCCAAAAAGAGAACGAGGAAGAUUCACUCUUGCAGCAGAUGUUUAUAGUUCGCUUUCUAGGAUCUAUGGCUGUCAAAUCAGAUCAUACUGUUGAAGUGAUCUAUGAAGCCAUGAGGCAGGUGCUGGCAGCUCGGGCCAUUCACAACAUCUUCCGUAUGACAGAAUCCCACCUCUUGGUCACCAGCAGUGACCUGAAGUUAAUAGAUCCUCAAACUCAAGUUACAAGAACAAGUUUUGAACUUGCCAGUGUGACACAGUUUGCUGCCCAUCAAGAUAACAAGAGGCUUCUUGGGUUUGUGGUUUGUGAUGCUGAGUCUCCAGGAGAAAAUUCCAUGAGUGCUUAUGUCUUUGAGAGCAACACUGAAGGCGAAAAGAUUUGCUAUGCAAUAAGCCUGGGGAAGGAAAUAAUUGAGGCUCGUAAGGACCCAGAAGCACUGGCUCAAUUAAUGUCAUCCAUGCCCUUGACAAAUGAUGGAAAAUUCAAGCUACUGAAUGACCAGUUGGAAGAAGACACUGCUGAACAUGGAGAUGGGCAGGAAGAGUCAGAAGCAUAAGUUGUACUGUAGGGGAUGUGAUGUUGCACAUAAUAGGUCAAAUUCUGUGCUCUCAGUUGUGAUCCAGUGUGAGCGGGUUCCUCUGGGUGAUAGGAGGAGAACUGGUCCUAGGUUUUUGGUAUGGUGACGAUCUUUGAAGUUCUUCCAACAAUCAGCACUGUCACCACUUACUAGCAUUUAAGGAAGCUUGAUGGUGUACCAGCAAAGUUCCUAAUGCAAAACAUACAUACUUAUUGGGGCUGUUCUUGAGAUGCUGAACCACUUUUUUGCCCUGUGUCAUUUGCUUAGGAAUCAGACCUAAACUUCAGCUACGUAGUUUCCUACUGUAAUCAGGACUACGUAAACCCCUUAAAUUUACUGUAUUCAGAAAGCAGCAUUUUGCAAUCCUAUAAAUACUAUGUAAUUGUACAUUUCUACUUCUGGUAGUCAGGGGAAGGUAAGACUUCCCCCCCUUGUCACUAGCGCUUCUAAGACUAAACCAAGCGUUGUGUAUCCACCUGCUCAGUUUCUUUUUACCCACAAGGGAAAGUGACUGGAGGGUCCCAGGAGGCUGAAUGCAGCACCCAGUAACAUGCCUGGAGUGCACACAGCUUAAAAGAGUCUUUAUUUUCCACACUUUAAAUGAAAGGCGUUGUUUAAUUCCAUGUGGUGUUGGGUUUUAGGCUGUGGUGUACUUUUAAAAGUAUAACACUAUUUUGUGCUAGGCUGUUUACAAAACUUUGAUAAACAAUUUUUCCUGUUAAUAUCUAUUUUUAUACUGUAGCUGGAAUAAGCUGUUAACAUUAUUCUAAGUGCCUACUAUUUUUGUGGGGACCGUACCUGUACAUUCAAUGAAUCAGGCACCUCAGCCCUGAAAGUUAGCCAGUGGAGCAGAUGCUAUACAUUGCCCCAUGAACAGGUUUUGAUAGUUACUCCUCAGGUAUGCAAGGGGUUUUUUUUUUGAGGGGGUGGGAGUAGCAGCAAGCAGCUUGUCAGAACCAGGAGAGUGAGUGUGCGUGGGGGGGGGGGUAUAAAAAAUUCCUCCCCCAGUUUAAACUGAAAAGGGGCCUCUGGCAGGUUACGGAAAACAGCACUUCAGCAGCAAAGCAAGGACUAGGAAAACCUGUUUCUUCAGAAGACAAAACUCUAAGCGUAAUCUUGUGCACAAUUUAACAGCACAGAAUUGGGAAGCACCAUGACUGGAACAACUUCUAGUCAGUUUUAAAUGCAAGUAACAACAGAGUUGGAUCUAAUAAAGAAGUUCACAUUAUUUUCUGUGAAUGUUUUAUAAGUAAUUGUUUUAAUGGUAAAGUCUCCAUCUUGCAAUAUAAAUGUUUGGCAAUAAUGCUAGAUUAAAAUCUUAUUUGAACUAUG